AAUCAUAUUUAAUAUUAAUUAGUUUUGUAUAACAUAAGGAAGCGGUAGCUUAAAAAUAUUUUUUAUUGAAUUAAACAAUAAAAAAAAAUGUCUAAAUUUAAUAUAUUUUGUAUAACUAUUGUCACAUUAAUUGUGAUUACUACCGAAAUUGAUUGUCUGACCACUAAUCCGACGGCCAGACAGCUAAAAGAUGCCAUCAAAGUAUUGGACAAUUUUCUCAGUUAUCUUGAAAAUAAAAUAGCAUUGAAAUCGCGUAACAGGGCUCAGGUCGGUAGUGAUGGUAGUAGUAGUAGUAGUAAUAGUAGACCGGAUCCGCCACAACCAGCUAAAAAUGAUGACUCAGUUUUGGCUGGAAAGGAUGCACUGCCUAACGUUCCCCGUACAGCUAAUGUUGAACAACCGCCAACAGUUAAUGGACAGCCAGCGCCGGCAGUUAAUAAAUCAUGCAAUCCAAGAACUAGCCCUAACAAUGGUGGACAGGGAGCUGCUGCUGUUCCUCCUCCACCACAACCACAACCAUCAGCAAGCUUCCUACUCGGUAGAGGUGGUGGUAAUCCAUUAGCUAGCAAUAGCAAUGCUGGACCAUUGGGUGGCGGACCAUUAUCUGGCAUUGGCAGUUUAGCACCAGUACCAGCAAUAUUUAGUGCUGGACCAGCACUAUUAAGUGGUGGACAAGUAGCUAGCAAUGGCAAUGCACCAGCAGCAGCAGCUGGUGCAUUAAGUGGUGGACAAGCAGCUAGCAAUGGCAAUGCACCACCACCACCAGCAGCAGCAGCAGCACCAUUAAGUGGUGGACAAGCAGCUAGCAAUGGCAAUGCACCACCACCAGCAGCAGCACCAUUAAGUGGUGAACAAGUAGCUGGCAAUGGCAAUGCACCAGCAGCAGCAGCAGCACCAUUAAGUGGUGGACAAGCAGCUAGCAAUGGCAGUGCACCAGCACCAGUAGCAUCAUUAGGUGGUGGACAAGUUGUUAGCACUGGUCCAGCAGCAGGACCAUUAAGUGAUGCACAAGUAGCUAGCAAUGGUAAUGCACCAGCAGCAGCAGCACCAUUAGGUGGUGGACAAGUAGCUAGCAAUGCCGGUGCACCAUCGGGUGGACAAGUAGCUAGCAAUGAUGGACAAGUAGCUAAACCAACUUUAAAUAUUAGUUAGGGUGGAUAGGUGUUGGACAGGACAGACCACAGAGGAGUGGUAGUGUGAAUGAGGAGGUAUAGUCAAUCAACCAAACAAUUGGUUAUUAUUUAUAUUUAUAUAAAUAAAUAAAUUCCCGUAAUUUAAUUAAUAUUUGUCAAUAGCUAACUAUAACUAAUA